CUGUGCUUGUCCUCUUCCGUGGACUCAAGGGUCAAUCCAGGCUGUUCCAGAGCACGUACUCCUCCACUCCGCCCAUCGUAUUUAUGCUUCUUCAAGUCGGUCAGUGUUCUUUUUACACCGCUCUGGAAGACACCACUGGUCAAAAUAAAUAAGAACUCAAAAGGAAAGUGAACAUGAGUCGUCGCGUGGCUAUCGUUGGAGCGGGUGCCUCGGGUCUGACCUCCAUCAAGUGCUGCCUGGACGAGGGUCUGGAGCCGGUGUGCUUCGAGAGCAGCGAUGACAUCGGGGGACUGUGGAGGUACAAGGAGAACCCAGAGCCGGACAGGGCAAGCAUCUAUCAUUCUCUUAUCAUCAACACAUCCAAAGAGAUGAUGUGUUUCAGUGACUUUCCCAUUCCUGGACACUAUCCAAACUUCAUGCACAACUGUUUUAUAAUGGACUACUUCCGGUUAUAUGCCAACAACUUCAACCUCCUCAAAUACAUCCGCCUGCAGACCAAAGUGUUGCACAUAAAACAGCGGUCAGACUUCUCUCGCACAGGCCAGUGGGAGGUAGAGACAGAAAACAAAGAGGGCAAAAAGGAGAGGCACAUUUUUGAUGCUGUGAUGAUCUGCAUUGGACACCACUGCCAGCCCAAUUUGCCUCUUCAUGACUUCCCAGGGAUUGAUACCUUUACUGGAAAGUAUUUUCACAGCCGAGACUACAAGACUCCUGAGGUUUGGAGGAAUAAGAAGGUUGUGGUGAUUGGAAUAGGAAACUCUGGAGGAGACAUUGCUGUGGAGUUGAGCCGAUUUGCAAAGCAGGUUUACUUGAGCACUCGAAGAGGAGCUUGGAUAUUGAAUCGAGUUGGACACCAGGGCAUGCCUUUAGAUUUAUAUUUUAACCGUGUCGUACGUUUCAUUCGGACCUUGCUUCCUUUCGGAAUGUUCUGCACUCUGGGCGAAAACCAACUGGACCAAAGAUUCAACCAUAGUCUGUACAACCUCAGACCCAAACACAGGCUGUUGAGUCAACAUCCCACAGUGAAUGAUGACCUGCCCAAUCGCAUUCUUGCCGGAAUGAUCCAGGUAAAACCCAACAUCCGGAGGCUUCAAGGCUCCAGUGUUGAGUUUGAGGAUGGAAGUGUUGUCGAAGAUAUUGAUCUUGUGGUUUUUGCUACUGGUUAUAAGUUCUCCUAUCCAUUCCUUGCAUCCCAAGUUGUUUCAGUGUCCAAUAAUAAAGCGUCUUUGUUCAAGUAUGUGUUUCCACCUGAGUUGGACAAACCCACUCUGGCCAUCAUUGGUCUAGUGCAACCUCUGGGGGCCAUCAUGCCCAUCUCUGAGAUGCAGGCCAGAUGGGCCACACGGGUUUUCAAAGGUCUUGUCAAGCUGCCUUCAACUUGUGUCAUGCAAAGAGACAUCAGAUGCAAGGAGGAGACAAUGGCUAAAAGGUAUGUUGCCAGUCAGCGGCACACCAUCCAGGUUGACUACAUUGACUACAUGGAUGAAAUUGCAAAGCAAUUCGGUGUGACUCCAAACUUCUUAAAGUUGAUGGUGACCGACCCCAGGCUCUGGUCCAAAAUAACGUUUGGUCCUGCCACUCCAUACCAGUACCGCCUGAGGGGACCGGGGAAAUGGGCGGGGGCACGGCAGGCCAUCCUGACCCAGUGGGAUAGGGUUGCUGAGCCCAUGCAGACCCGGCCAUGCAAUGAUCCCAACCCUGAAUCACAGAGGGCGUGGUGGCCCUUCAUUUUGACGGUUGCCAUGGGAUGGGUUGUGUAUGUUAACUGGAGCAGCAUAUUACCUCUGGUGCAGGAUCCCAGUGCACUGUCUGACAAGAUAAAAUGUUUCUUAUUCAGACAAUAAAAUAGCCUUGACAUUGUUCCAUGCCAGUUUUAUAUGGAACAUCUAUUUUGUUCUUUUGCUCUAUUUAGCUUAUAACAUUAGCAACAAAUGCAGAAAUUAAUACUAAUAUUUGAUUACCAAACUUAAGCUACAGUAUAUCCAGUCCUGGUGCAUGUCGACUGUAGGCUAUUAGCAGAUGUUAUUUUGUUUUUAAACUAUAGCCAAUUUCAAUUUGUCAAUUAAGCCUUAACAGUUUUUGCGCAUAUUCCAUUUUUGUUUUGGAUGAAAACUUUGCUGAGCUUUACCCCAAUUGCUUUUGAUGUUUGAUUUUGAAGUUGUCGUGACUACAUACGGGUUUAGGGCUGUGUAUUGCCAAAUACCUCAUGGGGGUAUACAGGGGCC